AAACUUUUAUUUUUGAUAAUAUAAAUCACCAAUAUGAUUGUACUUCCACGUCGGCUGUACGAUUCUUGUUUUGGAUGGGAGCCGAUUUGAAUAUAUUGAAAAUCGAAUCACAAGAACUGUGUAUAAUUCAAUUACGGAUUAGUGAUGAUCUUGACGCACAGGAGGAAGUUGUCAAUUUAAAUAAACAAACAUCAAGAUCUUUAAAGGAAACGAAUUACGAAAACGAUGAAUUCUUAAAGUCUUGGAAUUA